GACAUUUACGUUUAGCUCAUUUUUUAUCAUUUCAAAAUCGGAGCAGGUUAACAGAAAAUGCGUAUUACUCUUUCCCGGUUGGCCAGCUUUACUCCAAAAUUGAAGGAGUUGCGGAUCAUACUUGACCCCAGCGGAGAUGCCUCCAAGGGAGCCAGGGAAUACGUCCAGAGAUUCUAUCCGAAUCUAAAGAAAAAUAAUCCCGAUCUGCCGAUCCUGGUGCGCGAAUGCUCUGGCGUCCAGCCGCGACUUUACGCUCGCUAUGGCAACGGCAAGGAGGUCUCUCUAUCCCUGGCCAACCAGGAAGCCCCCGACAUACACAAAAACAUGGAGGCAGUGGGAAAAUAGACCUUAACGCUUAGGAAACCUAUUUAAAAAUGUAAAAUAAAGGCCAAACCAAAAACUACGUACACAAAUGCGUGUAUAUUAAGUAACACUUUA